AUGGUUGCUAAUUUAACUACAAUUAUUCUUAUACCAAUUAUGUUAUGUUUUUCAGCAACUGCAGCAACAAGAACUAAGCUGUAUUCCACCAUUGGUCAACAUGAUAGCACCAAUUCUGGUGCUAAUGAUAGUAUUUGCAGUUCCAUGGUAGUCACACAGGGCUACAUUUGCCAAGAACAUAAAGUGACAACAAAAGAUGGCUAUAUUCUUAGCAUGCAGAGAAUGCCGGCUGAUCGGUAUGGUAAGCCUGCGGAUAAACCACCGGUUCUUCUGCAGCACGGGAUAAUGUCGGAUGGUUCAACAUGGCUAUUCAAUUCUCCAGAUGAAUCUUUGGCUUUCAUAUUGGCAGACAAUGGCUAUGAUGUGUGGAUUAGUAACACCCGCGGGACGCGACAUAGUCAAGGACAUACCUCACUUCAUCCUAACGAUCCGGUUUAUUGGAAUUGGUCAUGGGAUGAAUUAGCAGCAUAUGAUCUUCCUGCUACAUUCAACUAUGUUCAUGAUCAAACAGAGGAGAAACUUUACUAUGUUGGACAUUCUUUGGGAACUUUAAUGGCUUUGGCUUCAUUUUCACAAGAAAAGUUGAUAAACAUGUUAAGAGCAGCUGCUUUGCUUAGCCCAAUUGCAUACCUUAAUCAGAUUCCAUCACCACUUACUAAAGCUGCAGCUGAUUUGUUCUUAGCUGAGGAGUUGUAUUGGCUAGGCCUACGCGAAUUCAUUCCCGGAGGGUUGGCCGUUUCGAAGCUUCUGGAAGAUAUAUGCAAUAAUCCUGGAAUAAAUUGCUCCAACUUAAUGGAUGCUUUUACUGGUGCUAAUUGCUGUGUAAAUUCUUCAAGAAUAACUAAUUUUCUAAAUAAUGAACCUCAAGCAACUGCUACUAAAAAUGUUAUUCACCUUGCUCAAAUGAUCAGAACAGGGACAUUAGCAAUGUAUGAUUAUGGAAAUGAAGGUGACAACAAAAAACACUACAAUCAGACAAAUCCUCCGGUCUACGACAUGACAACAAUUCCGAAUGAUCUCCCACUUUUGCUCGCGUACGGAGGAAAAGAUUCUCUUUCGGAUGUAAAAGAUGUGCAAGUUCUGCUAAACAAGCUCAAAGAUCAUGAUUCCAACAAGCUGGUGCUGCUAUAUGUAAAGGAUUAUGCUCAUGUUGAUUUUGUUUUUGGUGUAAAUGCUAAUCAAGUUGUAUAUGAUCCUUUAAUGGAUUUCUUUAAAAUUAAUUCAUUGUAA